AUGCCUUGUUCAUCAAGUCAGCUCAGCGGUGUUAUUCAUGAUCUGAUUCUGGGCAGUGUUUCGUCUUCGUUCGGUUCGUUAGUCAACGAUUUCUGCGAGAGCCAGGGAGAAAGUACGGCGCGGGGAACCAGCCUCAGACAGGAUAUCUUCCCGCUGCCCCUGCCCAGAAGCUCAUCGGUGAAGGAGUGGAGAGAGAAAGAGAUGAGUGCAGAGUUGUGGUACUUCAAUGUGGUGGUUGCGCUGAAUUACUUACAUGGUGGAAAACAUGUUUCGCUGGAGUGUUCUACGCCCACUGAAGUUCAGCAGGGCAUUCUGGACUACCUCCGAGGUCGAGUGGACUGUUUCCUCACGCAUGAAUUCCGUGUUGAUGUUUUUGAUUGGAGGGAAUUUCUGAGGACCAGAUCGUUGAGCUAUACUGGUGAAGAGGUCAAGUCAGCUUGUUGGACCAGUUGGGAAAACAUCAAGCCAGCAUUGCCUCAUGGUUCGGUUGGUUCAGUUUCAGCGCUCGAUCUUGCCGAGGGUGGUGUACGCGAGUUCUUAAUCAAUCCACAAAGCUUUCUCCGAAAGGGCUGGGACACGCAGUCAAUGAGAUCCUCACGAGUCAUGGUAUCAGACAGCGAUUGGGGAGAUUUGGCGCGUGGUUUGGUUCAGUACAAUCUCUGUGCGAUCCUUCCCGAAUCGGCGAUUCUUCACUGUGGAGGAACUCCCGUUUUCAAUGGUUUGUUUGGAGUUGAGAAAGGGGAGCAAGCCGAGGGUGUAGAAAUGAAUGCCUUUGAAAUCCAGCCUUCCGAAGAGCUCCUCAUUUCCAGCGAAGAUAUUCGGGCGAUGUUUUACAUCUUCGGAUUACCGUCUUGUUGGUUGCCAUACUUCGCCUUCAACAAACCUGUUCCUGAAGAUUUGGUGCCGCCAGGUGUCGACGAAAGUUGUUAUUUGUGCUCCAAAGUGCUGCCCAUGGGGUUCAUCAGUUCAGUGGGAGUGGCGCAACACAUUCACCGAAAUUUCCUUCGGAAGGUGCAGGGUGACCCCAAAGCAUUGAUGCCCUAUGCAGAGAUUCGUCGUGAUCGCAGUUUGAGUCUCAGCAAUCCCAGGUGGAGAGUUUAUCUUGACAACUUGGAUUUGCUCCACAACGUCAAUCCGGAUUUGGUUGGAAUUUUGGAGGGUGAGGUGAGUGACCAUAUGGCAUCUCUUAUAACCUGUUACAACCAAGCAGGCAUCCCACUGAACGACAAGAAAUCCGUGAAGCAGAAAACGUUCGCUGAAAUUCAAGGUGCAGAGAUUGAUGGUUCAUUGGGAGUGUCGCGACCGAAAGGGGAAAAGCUGGGCAAAUACGCCAGCGCUGCGAUUUCUCUACUUCGUAAGAAGAAGUGCAGCCGAAAGGAAAUUCAGGUCGUUUGUGGCGGUCUGGUUUAUUUCUGCAUGUUCAGAAGACCACUCAUGUCAUGUCUCAACUACGUUUGGCGAUUCAUACAAUCUUUUGAUGAUCCUGGGCCUCUUCAGCGUGAGCUUCCUUCUGCUGUAGUUUCCGAGCUGUCGAUGUUUCUUUGCCUUCUGCCUUUAGCUCAUCAGGACUUCCGGUCACCCAUCAGCAGGUAUGUCACAGCCAGUGAUGCGUCCAUGGAUGGUGGAGGUCUUUGUGUUUCGGAUGGUUUGACUCCGUAUGGCCUCAAGGUUUCAUCUGGGGCUUUUCGUGGCGAAAAUGUUGAUGACAUUCCCGAGCGUGGUGUGGUUUGUGUUGGACUGUUUGAUGGUGUUGGCAGUUUGCGACUUGCUCUUGAGGUACUUCAAGUCAACGUGCAACUCCACGUUUCAGUUGAAAGUGACGAGCACGCCAAGCGGGUGGUAGAAGGUCAUUUCAACAAUGUGGUCCAACUCAACAGUGUGGAAGAUAUUACUCCUGAGAUGUGCCAACGGUGGGCAGGAAAAGCAAGUGGCGCGGGCAUGGUGAUUGUGGGUGCCGGUCAGUGUCAAGGGGUAAAUCGUCCCAACGGUGAGCGUAGUGGAAGCGUCAGUGUGAUUCAACCUUUGAUUCGAAUGUUACGGCAAUCUUUCUCUUGGUGCCCUGUUCAUUUCAUUCAAGAGUCCGUUUUUCAAAUGGACUUGGGAGAUAGGCAAGAGUUCACCAGAGCAGCAGGGGUAUUGCCCAUUCGGAUUUGUGCUUCUGAGCUCUCCCCUUGCCGUCGUGAUCGCCUCUACUGGAUAGACUGGACGGUUGAAGCUGGAGACGGUGCGCACAUUACGCCUUCUACCACUACUACCAGGGCCGGAUUUCAUGAGGUCCAUUUUGAGGUCAAUCGUGAUUUCGUGGGAGUCUUCCACCCGCGAUGGGGGAUGAUGCCGGGGGUUGACUGCCUGGCAACAUUUACAACUUCACAACCCAGCGAAAUCCAACCCACGCAUGCAGCUGGGAUAUCAAAGUGCUCCCCCGACGUCCUCGCACGGUGGAAGGACGACCGCCACAGGUUCCCCCCAUAUCAAUACCGGGAUCAAAACUUGUUAGUGCACGCAAACGCAACCAAACGCAUUCCCUCAGUAGAUGAGCGAGAACGCUGCAUGGGAAUGCCGAGAAAUUACACAUUCAACAGCCUGCCAAAGAACCAGGUGAAGAGCCAGCCUCAGCAUCACGAGGAUGUCAGAAUGUCCUUAGUUGGAAACGCGUGGAGUGUGCCUGUUAUUGCUUGGUUGUUGCUACAGCUGCUGAACCCCUUGGGGCUAUGCCUUGUGAAGUCGUUGAGCGGGAUUUUGGACAUUCUUUUUCGUGAUUGUCCCAUCUUGUCUGAUUCACUCUUGAGUUGGCAUUCCUUUGAUCGCGGAUGUUGCAUUCGCCAGUCGGAAUCGGAGCUCACUUUGGUCAGAAAGCUUAUGACACUUAUCUCUACAAAAGGCGAUGACGUCCUUAUACAACCUUCAGGGGUGGUGGUCGUUCUUUUCAGAAAUUUCGGCGAAGUGUUCCUCCCACUCUCUGGAAGUGGAAAGUGGUUUGCGGGUGGCGGUGGUGUGACUCGGAUCAUCACCACAUCAACAAGUUAG